AGGUGUUUCCCAACCUACCGCCCCGGCAGGUCCCAGGUCUCCUUUGCUAAGCCCUGUCCCCUUCUCCCAGGCCAGGCGUGCAGGUGUGUCGGUCACCGACGGCUCCGCCGGAAGGAACGGCGCCCCGACGAGUGUGGGACCGUGGCUGCCGGAGUCCCGCCCUGUCCUCCUGUAGGUGCACAGAAAUUUCAUUGAUUUAGAAAGAAGUAGACUCUUCCCUAAAGAUAGUAAACAUUGCCAACCCACGAUGAAACUGGAUCACAUGCUUUCUGAAGUGUACCAGAGGUGCAUGCAAUAAACUUCAUUUAUCUGCAGAAACUCUUGAAAAGUACAUCAAGUCGAAAGUGAACCAGCUUGCCCUCAGGCAGGACCAGUAUCAUGAGCAAUAAUGGAACAGACCUCACCACUGGUUUCAUAUCCUGUAUUGUAGCCAUCCUUUUGUUUGGCUCAAACUUUGUACCACUUAAAAAAUAUGAGACUGGAGAUGGAAUGUUUCUCCAGUGGGUACUUUGUGCUGCCGUAUGGUUGGUUGCCUUGGUGGUCAAUUUGAUAUUGCAUUGCCCUAAGUUUUGGCCUUUUGCAAUGGUUGGGGGAUGCAUUUGGGCAACAGGAAACAUUGCUGUCGUCCCAAUUAUCAAAACCAUUGGUUUGGGCCUUGGAAUCUUAAUCUGGGGAUCAUUUAAUGCCUUGACUGGCUGGGCAAGCUCAAGGUUUGGCUGGUUUGGAAUGGAUGCAGAAGAAGUGUCAAAACCACUGCUCAAUUACGUUGGAGCCGGGCUGUCAGUAGUAAGUGCUUUCAUAUUUUUGUUCAUCAAAAGCGAAAUACCAAAUAACACACAUUCCGUGGACACCACACCAUUAAUAACAGAGCAUGUGAUUAACAAAACUCAAGAUCGCGAUCCUGAUUAUUCCUGGGUGGAUAAACUUUCUACCAUGCAAAACCGCUUAGUGGGCUGCAGUCUCGCAGUGAUCUCUGGAAUACUCUACGGAUCUACAUUCGUGCCGAUCAUUUACAUCAAGGACCACAGCAAGAGAAAUGAUAGUAUAUAUGUGGGAGCAAGCCAGAAUGAUUUAGACUACGUUUUUGCACACUUCAGUGGCAUCUUCCUCACAAGUACAGUCUACUUUCUGGCCUACUGUGUAGCCAUGAAAAACAGUCCUAAACUAUAUCCCAAAGCAGUCUUGCCAGGAUUCCUGUCUGGAGUACUCUGGGCAAUUGCUACCUGCUGUUGGUUCAUAGCAAACCACUCUCUCAGUCCUGUGGUCAGUUUCCCAAUAAUCACUGCUGGUCCAGGAUUUAUAGCUGCAAUGUGGGGUGUCUUCAUGUUUAAGGAAAUACAGGGUCGACAAAACUACCUGCUGAUGAUACUUGCAUUUUGCAUCAUCUUGACGGGAGCCUUAUGCACGGCUUUUUCUAAAAUCUAACAACUACAAGACCAGCAGAUGGCAACAGUGCUUGAGAAUACGUUUCUCCUGGACACAGAGAUUGUGCUGAGAACAGGGUUCAUGUUCAUAUGGCAAGUGGAUCUCCACCCGUCCCUGAUUAGGGUAAAUGAUUGUUUUUCCCACAAAUGUGAGAAUGAAGGAAAACUGACUUUUCAGUCAAGCAUAAAAAUGAGAAAUUCUUCUAAUGAACUAUUUAUGAAGGUAGGACUUGACAGCAUUAUGUCUGAGGAUGCUGCUUUAACCACAGUAUGUAUUUACUGGUGCAUAAUCUAGAAAACAGUGUAGAGUUCAUAUACAAAUAACUUUGUAUAUGUUCAAAUUUCCAACAUCUGACCAUCAUUAAUAAAGAGAGGCAUAAAAAUGUGGGGGGAGGAGUGGGAAGAAGACUUACAUUAUAAUAGAAUUAGAAUCCAAAGAUAUCUGGAGCCUGUGCAAGAAAAAGUAAAUGUCAGAGUUGGUAACUGAAUGUUAAAAAGGCCAUUUCAUUAUUUUUAGCCCAGACUUAUUUUUAUUUCACAUCAGUGUUGCCCAAUCCUUCAUCACCCACUCAGUUCAGCUCAAAAUGCCUUUUGAUUAUCUCCAGAUAAAAUCCAUCCUUAGAGAACAAAAACUUCCCACCAUUGAAAAUAUGUGUGCAACACAGAUAUACACACGUAAACAAGUACACACCUAUGAAUACACACACAUAUAUGUAUGUACUACUACAAAUUGGGGGGAGAUUCUAGAAUUGCUGAAGUGAGGUUCUAGAAUUUUAAGGGACCAACAUACUCCUUUAGAUAUACAAUUUGAUUUUUUUUUCCCUGAAAUCCUUUUCUAAAAUCCGUCUUGUAACUGGUGGUUUUCUUCCUUUUUUAACUUGUGGUUUCUACUAGGUAAAAGAAAAUCACAGAAAAUGAUAGUUUUCUUUAAGCAGACUGAAAUGGAACUUCUAGUACAAUGUUUAUCACAAUGUUUCCCAAACUCUCAAAAAAAUAGAAUAAAAAAAAUGGAAUAGUACAGUGUAAAUUUCACCCACUCCCAGCUGAUUGCACGUUACCUUAGUACUAGGAGAGGCAGAAGUGUGUGACUCCCUAACUAACCUGCAUGGGUUUAAAUCCCAGCUCUGCUUUAUCUUAAUUGCUUAACUUUCGAUAAAAAUCCUGCAGCUCCUGUAUCAGAUCCCCCAUCUGUAAACUGGGGUCGUGGUAACAUCCGUCUCACGUGGUUACUGUGAAGUUCAAAUUAGUGAAUAUCUGUAAAGUAUUUUCAUGAGUGUCUGGCACUUGGCAAAUAUGAUCAUUCUUAGCUAUUAUCAUUAUGUCUUAUUUGAGAAAGAAAGCCUGUGUGUGUAGACUGGAGAAGACUUGUUAGAGCUACUCCCCUCACCACUACCCCACCCAAACAACUAUGUAUUAUUCCUCUCUGUGAGUGCAAUUUAAAAAUGAUACUGGAGUCCCUGUUUAAUUGUUGAAUUGUGAAUAUAAAUAUUUGAUUGUAACAUCUUUCAAGGAUUCAUUUUAAUUUUAACCUGAAAUGUCACUAAUUAUGUUGAUAACUUUGAAUAAAUUGAC